AUGAGUGCCUGUACACGUGUGUGCCUAAAGGCGCGGCCUAAAAUCCUGGCAUCGUAUCCGUCAAGACCUGCUGCAACAACUGCUAGCCAACCACGUGACUAUGAAGCAGGUGCCAAACCAUUCAAAGACAUACCUGGGCCAGGCGGAAUUUACAGGUGGCCAGUGAUUGGAACUUUGCUGCACUUCAAGCCAUUUACUGAGUUCACACCUGAGACGUUGAAUCGAUUGUUUGAGUCUUUACACAACACGUACGGUCCAAUCAUCAAAGUACGAUUACCCGGGCCUACAGUCAUGACAAGCAACCCCAGGGACUUUGAGACGGUCUACAGAAACGAGGGGCGGUGUCCCAAUAGACCCGUGUUUGAUAUUGAAGUCGUGUAUGCUGAACGAAAUAAUGAAAAAGGGAGUAUUAAUAUUGCCCAAGGUGAAGAAUGGCUGAAACUUCGAACACCAAUCAACAAAAGACUAUUGAAAGCUGACUCCGCCCAUUUCUACUUAGAAGCUCAAAAUAGCGUCGCGGAUGAUUUCGUCCGAAUUUUGGCAAGAAACGACCUUGAUGCUGAAAAAAUGGCGGAUUAUUUUUUUCGCUACGCAGCUGAAAGCAUUGGUAUUGCGACUUUCAACACAAGACUUCAACUUUUGAACCACCGUGACGGGGGAGAAGCUGAAGAGUUCCUACAUGCCAGCAAAGAUCAUCUGAGAAUUCUUCAGGAAACUCUCACCGUGAACAUGGGAGGGUACAAGUGGUUCAGGAACAGAAUCUACAGAGAUUUCGAGAAGGCUAUGAACAUUCUCAAAAAACAUGCUAACAAACAUACAGGUAGAGCCAAAGAAUCCAUCCAGACCCAACUAGCAGACGGAAGUUUAGACCCAGACCACCCAAACCUACUCUACUCCUUGUUGAGUGAUCCGUCUCUAACAGAUGAAGAUAUAACGUUGAUAACCACUGUUCUAUACAGUGCAGGUACUGAAUCGACUGCGAGAAACCUGCAGGUCCUCUUCCACACCCUGGCCAUGAACCCAGACAUCCAGGAACGUCUCAGGGCGGAAGUGCUGCAGACAUUGGGUAAAGACAGGCCAUUGACAGUUAAAGAUUUAUCUACAAUGUCAUAUUUAAAGGCUUGUGUCAAGGAAUCUUUCAGACUGAACUACCCAAUACCAAGCGGCGUCAUCAGAUAUCUACCUUCAGAUGUUGUUCUAAGUGGCUACAAAGUUCCUUCAGGGGUCCCCAUCAUCUUACAAAACCCCAGAGCCUGCAUGGAGUACUUCGACAAUCCGCGUCAGUUCCUGCCUGAAAGAUGGCUGAGGACGGCAGACAGACGUAAACAGGAGAACAUCGUCAACAUGGCACUGCUGCCCUUUAGCCACGGUCCAAGGAACUGUCCAGGUCAACGGUUUGCUCUGCAGGAGAUUUACCUGGCGGCUGUCAAGGUUGCUAACUGUCAAUAUUGA